AUGCCUCGGUCUCGGUACAGAAGGAGGUCUUCAGCCAGGGCGCCAUCUGAUGCUGGCUCGUCAGAUGGCUCGACCACUGGAUCGACGACGAGCGCGCCUCCUCGCAUCGUCGUGGGGGAUGUACUAGACAACGAUCCCCUCACUCCUCUUCCCGAGCAAGAUGAGUACGGCAAUUUUCUCGACGCGGCGGGCGAGGCGCUUCGGACGAGCGAUGAGACCAAAGGACUAGCUCCACCGUCAAAAGCACAUCAUCCCGAAAACUACCAAGGCAUAAGAUGGACGUCCCCAUUCAACGAGGACGAGCCAGUGGCCGGGCCAUCCCAGCGCCCUCGGGCCCGCUUCCUCUCUUUUGCUCCCGAUGAGAGACGAUCAAGUCUGUCACAGCUGGCCCAGGCUUCCAAGAACCUCGCACGCCGAUCGUCCACCGCAGUCGUCCAGGCCGCUCAGUCGCUCGAUCCUCUGCAGACGCGAGGCAACCCCCUCGGCCUCGAGAUCGACGAGAUCAGGCCCAUUGCGUCGACGGGAUACUCGCCAUGGAACGCCUUCAAUGCCCGUCGCUUCUCUCACACACCGCCCAAACCGAGCUCGCUGUCGACGACGGCGUCGGCGAGGAAGAAGUCUUCGGUGGCUUUCAUCCGCGCCGGAAUGAGCGAGAAGGAGGAUGACUACAUCAUUCAGCGUCAAGCCAAGUACGACGACGUUGAGCAGCUCCCAGCCUGGAAGCGCUGGCUGUACCGCAUCAGCGGGCCCCUCACUAUCGCGACCAUCGGCAGUUACUGGAUCUACUUUGUGCUGCGCGUGCUAUACACAAGAGACGCCGAGAAACGUGCCCACCAGACCUAUUGGAUGGCCUGGGCAUUCAUCUGCGUGGAAAUCAUCGUCGUCAUCCCCAUGCUGCUGCACCGUCUCUGGGGUCUGCACUCUGUCGGCAUGAGGACGCGGCCCAAGCUGAGAAUACUCGGUGAUAACUGCCCCUCGGUGGACGUCGUCAUCACCUGCUGUGGUGAGGAUGACGAUCUCGUCCUCGAUACUGCCAAAGCCGCCUGCAACAUCGACUACCCGCCGUCUCGAUUCCGCGUCAUCAUCUGCGACGACGGCGGAUCCGAGAGUCUUCGAGCACUGGCGGAGCGGACAGCGGCCACACAGUUUGACAACCUCUACUACCGAUCAAGGCCCAAGUACCCCGGUGUCCCUCACCACUUCAAGGCAGGAAACCUCAACUACGCGCUGGAGGAGACCAAGAAGUUGCCUGGAGGAGCGGCCAACUUUAUUGGCGCCUUGGAUGCCGACAUGAUUCCCGAGAGGGACUGGAUCCGGGCUCUAAUCCCUCACAUGCUUCAGGAUGCCAAGUGCUCGCUGGCCUGCCCGCCACAGCUCUUCUACAACGUGCCCAAGGAUGAUCCGCUGUGCCAGAGCCUCGACACCUUUGUACACAUCUCUGAGCCCAUCAAGGAUGCCAUGGGUGUGGCUUGGUGUACGGGAUCUGGCUACGUCAUCCGCCGCGCCGCGCUCGAGGAGAUUGGAGGCUUCCCCACCGGUUCUCUGGCCGAGGACGUGUGCUGCUCUAGUAUGCUGCUGGGUGCCGGCUGGCACACUGCCUUCGUUCACGAGCCCCUGCAAUUCGGCACAGUUCCUGAUUCCCUGACCAGCCACUUGAAACAGCGUACCCGAUGGGUGAGUCAAUACUCCACAGGUCCGGUUGAAGAGGGCGAUCUGAUAACUAACAUUCACGCGUCCCCCCAGACCAUCGGCACCGUGCAGACAUCGCUCAAGCUCCGCUUCUCCAUAUACGGCCCUCUCGUAAAGCACAUGACCUUCCCACAACGACUCUGUGGUUUCGUCUACACCAUCUCGUCUUUCUUCACCAUCGCUCUCGUCCUCUCCAUGUUUACCUCACCGAUCGUCCUGAUUGCGCACGGCAACCUCGUGCCUUUUGCAAGCUACGACCAACUCCGCUGGCUGAUCCGAGCCUGGUUUGGCUCCAUGGUGCUCAACCGGGCCAAUGACUUCGUGUCUUACCUCCCUUCGGGGUAUCGCACGGGUCGUCGCGACACCCGGGCGGUGAUGUGGAUGGCUAUCUUCCACUCUGUGGCCGUCAUCCGUACCUUCGUCCUCCCCAAGUGGCUCGGCGGCAAGAUCGCCGUGUUCACCUCGUCUGGCUCACAAAAGGCCGAGCUCAACGAACGGAAUCGCAAGCUCCGGGCGCCUCUAUGGCGCAGACUCAAGGUUACCAUCUGGGACUGCGACUGCUGGAUGCACCUGGCCUUUAUCUGCUUCGUCAUCGUCGCUGUCGUCAUGGCCACCUACUGGAACUUUAGAGACAACCAGACCAAGAAGGACCGACUCAUCUCUGCUUACACACGCACUCUGGCCGCCGAUUCUCUGGCUGACCUGCGCAUUGUCCUGCUGGACCCCGAUCGGCUACGCCAUCUACCCGCCCAGCUGCCCCGACCGAGAAGAUCUUCUGGAGAGGGACCCCAAGACGGGUGUGGCAUACCCCAAAGAGGAGGCCAAGAAGACCAAGACUGGCUGGAUCACUAUGACUCAUGA